AACUCCAACCUAUGAUCUUUCCGGAAAAAAAAAAAAUAAGAAAAAACUCCAACCGAUGAAUGUUCACACAGAAACCAUUAACACAGCUCCAAUGCUUAAUCAACGUUUUUUUAAAAAAAAACACGUAUCUUCCACAGAGUCAAUCCUGUUCGAGCCGAGAGACCUCUAUAGGCGGCAAAGCUCUUUGUACCUAGUAUUUGACACAGUUGCAUUAUUAACAUUGACUUGAAUUCUAAACCUCUGCUACCCUGUAUAUAUAGACUCAUUUUUACAACAGAGUUAUAACAUCUCAAAUUUGCACCAUACUCAUUGCCAUUUUCAUUCCCUUGUGAUUCUCUAAGACUCCAACUGAAUGUUCAGUUCAUCCUUUUCCUCUGCAACCUUGUCCACAUGCCUUCAUGUGGUUCUUCUCUUUUCAGCCACCUUACUAUAUUUACAACCUGAGAACACUGCUAGUGCCUUAGGAAAUGACACAGACCAAUUCUCACUGCUAAAAUUCAAACAAUCAGUAGCUGACGACCCAUUUGAUGUUUUGUCUACAUGGAACACUUCAACUUACUUUUGCAACUGGCAUGGAGUCACAUGCAGCCUCAGGCAUCAAAGGGUAAUUGCCCUGAAUCUUCAAGGUUAUGGCUUAAGUGGGUUAAUACCACCUGAGAUUGGUAACCUCACCUUCCUGAGACAUGUCAACCUUCAAAACAACAGCUUCCAUGGUGAAAUCCCACACGAAAUAGGCCGUUUGUUCCGGCUUCAGGAGCUCUAUCUCACCAACAACAUAUUAAUGGGUCAAAUUCCCACAAACUUGUCUCACUGUUCUAAACUCAAAAGCUUGAGUUUAACCAGAAACAAACUUGUUGGCAAAAUACCAAUGGAGCUUGGCUUUCUAACCAAGCUAGAACAACUAUCCAUUGGUGUGAACAGUUUAACAGGUCCAAUCCCUGCAUCUAUAGGAAACCUUUCAUCUCUUAUUACUCUCAUUUUGGGAGUCAAUAACUUGGAGGGAAAUUUGCCAGAAGAGAUAGGCCAUCUGAAAAACUUGACACAUCUCUCUAUUGGAUCCAAUAAACUAUCUGGUAUGCUUCCUUCUGCACUAUUUAACAUGUCAUCUCUCACUUUCUUCUCAGCUGGAGCCAACCAAUUUACUGGCUCUCUACCUUCCAACAUGUUCCUCACACUCCCUAAUCUCCAACAAUUUGGGGUUGGUAUGAACAUGAUCUCAGGUCUAAUCCCAUCUUCCAUUUCCAAUGCAACAAGUUUGCUGUUAUUUAACAUCCCCCGGAAUAAUUUUGUUGGACAAGUUCCAAUUGGAAUAGGAAACCUCAAAAAUAUCCUGUCAAUUGCCAUGGGACGAAAUCAUCUAGGGAGUAAUUCAUCAACUGACUUGGAUUUCUUGACAUCUUUGACAAACUGCACCAACUUACAAGUGUUGGAUUUGAAUCUAAACAACUUUGGUGGCUCUUUGCCCAGCUCUGUAGCCAAUUUUUCAAGUCAGCUAAAUCAGUUAUAUAUUGGAGGCAAUCAAAUUACUGGGAAUAUUCCCUCAGGAUUAGGAAAUCUCAACAACUUGAUUGGGUUGGACUUGGAGUAUAAUCUUCUCACAGGAACCAUUCCAUCUUCUUUUGGGAAGUUCCAAAAGAUGCAAUCAUUGACUCUAAAUUUAAACAAACUUUCAGGGGAAAUCCCUUCAUCCAUUGGAAAUCUUAGUCAGUUAUUUCAACUUGACCUAUCAAGUAAUUUUCUGGAAGGAAGCAUUCCUCCCAGUUUAGGGAAUUGCCAUGAGUUGCAAUAUCUCGCCCUUUCACACAACAACCUUACUGGAACUAUUCCUCCAAAGGUUAUUGGUCUUCCUUCCUUGUCAUUGUUACUGAACUUAUCUCAUAACUCAUUGGAUGGAAGCCUUCCCUUUGAAGUUGGGAAUCUGAAAAGCAUUAACAAGUUGGAUGCUUCUAAAAAUUCUCUGUCUGGUCCAAUUCCUUCAACAAUUGGACAGUGCAUGAGCUUGGAAUACCUUAACUUACAAGGAAACUCCUUCCAAGGAGCCAUGCCUUCCUCUUUGGCUUCAUUAAAAGGCCUCCAGUAUCUUGAUUUGUCAAAAAACAACUUGUCUGGAACAAUUCCAGAAGGCUUGGAGAAUAUUCCUGAGCUACAAUAUUUGAAUAUUUCUUUUAAUAGGCUAGAUGGUGAAGUACCAACAGAAGGUGUAUUUAGAAAUUCAAGUGCUUUAUCAGUGAAAGGCAACAGUGACCUUUGUGGGGGUAUCAAAGAGCUACAUCUACCACCAUGCAAAGUAAUAGGUAGUAGGACACACAAAAAACAUCAAGCUUGGAAGGUAAUAGUGAUAAUAAUUCUUGUUCUCUUUCUUCUUCUGUUAUCACUCUCUGUUGUGAUCUUUUGGAAGAAAAAAGCAAACUUGAGAAGUUCUAAUUCUCCAACAACAAUGGACCAUCUUGCUAAGGUCUCGUACCAGACACUCCACCAAGCAACAAAUGGAUUCUCUCCUAACAACUUGAUAGGAUCUGGUGCUUUUGGCUUUGUGUAUAAAGGAACCUUGGAAUCCGAAGAAAGAUAUGUUGCUAUAAAGGUUCUGAACCUUCAAAAGAAAGGAGCUCACAAGAGUUUCAUUGCUGAAUGUAAUGCGCUCAGAAGUAUCCGUCACAGGAAUCUGGUUAAGAUCAUAACAUGCUGCUCUAGCAUGGAUUACAACGGAAAUGAAUUCAAAGCUCUAGUUUUUGAGUUCAUGGAAAAUGGAAGCUUAGAGAUAUGGCUGCAUCCGGAAUCGGAAAUUGGACAACAGCCAAGUUUUAACCUUCUUCAGAGACUAAAUAUUCUCAUAGAUGUUGGUUCUGCAUUGCACUAUCUUCACUAUGGACCUGAGCAGCCAAUUGUUCACUGUGAUUUAAAGCCAAGCAAUAUCCUUCUUGAUAAUGACCUGGUUGCCCAUGUGAGUGAUUUUGGACUAGCAAGACUUCUUUAUGCCAUCAAUGGUGUCUCUGAUAUGCAAACUAGCACAACUGGAAUUAAAGGAACUGUUGGGUAUGCUCCUCCAGAGUAUGGAAUGGGAGGGCAUGUUUCAAUACUGGGUGACAUGUAUAGUUUUGGAAUCCUUGUACUGGAAAUACUAACAGGAAGGAAACCCACAGAUGAAAUGUUUACAAAUGGAAUGAAUCUUCAUACUUUUGUGAAGGUUUCUUUGCCAGAAAAACUAUUGCAGAUAGUGGACUCAGCCCUUCUUCCAAUUGAAUUAAAACAAGCAUCAGCAGAAGAAGAAAAAUAUAGUGAUCAGAACCUGAGCCAUAUGGAUCAUGAUGAUCUGAAAAAGUGCUUACUUGAUCUCUUUUGCAUUGGUCUUGCUUGUUCAGCAGAAUCACCAAAGGGAAGAAUGAAUAUGAAGGAUGUCACCAAGGAACUUAAUCUAAUCAGGAAUGCCCUCUCUUUGGAUACUUCUGAUUAGGGUGUGACCGUGUGAUAUAUAUCAUAUAUGUAUUAAAUGUAUAUGUAUAUUAAGUGUGCUGUGUGGAUUAUGAAAUUUAUCUUGGUUAGUUCUAUCUCCAUACAAAUAUUGUUCACAUAUGACAUCUCAGCUAAAGUUCAAAAUACAUCAGAUGUCAAUUUGUCAAGUUUUAGAUUACCUAAUAUCCACCUUUUUGUUCUGCAAUUCGUGAACAAAAUCUAAA